AUGAUAAUCCUUGACAUAGUUUUCCUUGCCACAUGGAUUCUUCUACUCCUCGGAUUGUUCAUUUUAAGCCGCGAAUUCCUGUUCGAAUGGCUCAAAUCUGAAAAUUUGGCGAUUUUUGGAGCAUUUUUGGGCUCGGUAAUAAUCCUAUUCGAGGCGAUUCUAAUGUUGGAGGAACACAAAUGGAGAGAUGGUGAGAAUUUGUUUUAA